CUGACUUUUUGUGACUUGCACCAAUCUUCCCUUCCCUACAGGUUAGAUAACACACGCUGGGAAAAGUAGAGUCUGUGCUGUCUAUGGAAGCUCCGUAUUGGAGAACUGCAGCAGGCAUUGAAAAGCGGAUAUGGUCAUGCAUACCUAGGCAGCAGGAUUGUGACUUGCACUUACAUGAUCAACAACUGGAAGAAUGCCAAGUUCUAAAAGUAACUUGGUGUCAUUAGAUGAGGAUGUUAUAAAUGACAUUUCAGACUUGAGUGAAAUGAAAAUUUCAGAUGAAAAAGGAUCUAUUGAAAAGAGCACAAUGACUUUGAUUGAGAAGAAUGGCUAUCAUGACUCGAUAUACAUAAACGCAGCUAAGAUUUUUCAAGGCAUUCAUAACGAAAAGCCUCAGGAUAGAAUUUUGGUGCGGUAUGGUGAUGACACAGCAUCUCCUAUGCUGACUUUUAAAGAUGAAUAUUCCCAGCGUGUAUCUUAUGAACUGGCUUUCAGUGCUCUAAAAUAUCAAGAUCUUCUUGAAAAAAUACUGUUAGAUAGCUGCGCUUACCCAUGUCAGUCAAUACCAGAUGAAUUAACCAGCUUGCUUGUUGUGAUGCUUUAUGACCUACAAGACCGAAAGUUUCAAGCCCGAGAGAUUGUUGAUGAAGAAGAACCUGUAGCAGAAGUUCGGAAAAUAGAGCAUUAUCUAUACAGUUUUAAGACCAAAUUGGCAGCUGCACUAGCAAGAUGUCGAAUCAAACAUGAUGCUCUUUCAAUUGAAUACAUUCUACCAGAAACCGUACGGAAGCAGGAACGAAGGGCUUCUGCUUUACCUUUAUAUGCUUGGAUAAAUACAUUUAAAAUAAGCCUUCAAGACGUUUUCAGUAAUUUGAAGAAGAAGGGAUUCACAAGAGUUGAAUCCAUGUCAGACUUCGACCAUUAUACUUACUGUAUGGACCAACACUGCCAUGAUGUAUUGGUUUUUCCUUCCUCUCUUAAAGAAGACCUGCUUAAUUUAGAUCUUUUUGCAGAUUACAAACUCUUACUACAGGAUAAGUCUCGCAGCCUUGCUGUACAUUCUGUGCAUGCUAUGUUGAAUACAGAUGAUGACGUUGUAGUGGCUCACAUGGGUUCCCGUCUGACUGUUGCCCAUAUGUCAGUGCUGACAAAUCACAGCAUGUCCAGAAUUUUUGUUUGUGGUGUAAAAUCUCCAGCAAAAGAAGCUGAACUGAGGAACUUGUUCAGGCACAUGGGAUGCAAAAAUAUUCAGUUGUUACAUGAAGACUUUACUGAGAUUGGACCAACGGACCAGAGACUGCAAAAAGCAAAAGUUAUUCUGCUUCUGCCACAAUGCUCUGGAGUGGGUGUUGGCAAUCCAAUAGAAUUUAUUUUAAAUGAACACGGAGAUGCAGGAUUGCUUAGAGACCUUUUCCAAGGAUCUGUAUCUGAGGAUAAACUCAGUAUCCUUGCUGAGAGGCAGCUUGAAGAGUUGAUGCAUGCAAUGAAAUUUAACAAAGUACAAGCUAUUGUUUACUGCACUUCUUCAGUUUACCCAGAAGAAAAUGAACUAGUGGUGAACAAAGCACUGGAAUCUGGAGUGGAAGGAAAUAAAGUACAACCAUAUAGGCUUGUUCCUCCUGUUUUUCCUAUUCACUGCAAAUCAAAGGCUUCCACCGAAUUUUUUUUCAAAAUGGAACCAUCAGAAAUUUCCAAUUGCUGCUUUUUAGCUAUUCUAGAAAGAGAGGUAAGCUGAGAAAAUUACCACUUUAAAACACUUCAAAUAAAAGAUAUUGCCAUUUUUCCACUAAUGAAUAUAUGAAAUUGAACUUUUCUUUUUGUCUUUAACUGACUCCUCUUCAGUUAUCUUAAACUGACUAAAUAGUUGAGCAAAGCAGCAAUUUUUCCAGAGGUAACUGCAAUGGAAAUAUACAACUUCUGGAGUGUUAUGCCGAGCACAGGUUUCCAACAUGAGCCUUUUAUUUUGUAUCAGUUUGCAGUCAGAGCAAUCUCUUGAUCUAGAGCUGUCCUAGGAAUGUUUUAGAGGAAGUGUAUUGUUGCUGAUUAAGAAUCAUGAUAAAUGGUGUCUGUUGAAGUUACUGAGUCUGCGUCACCGAGAUUUGCUAGUAUUUAAGCAUGCAGUGUCACCACUAGGGAUUAAGACCAUUAUAAUUUGAAUAAAUUAGGUAAGCGUAUGUUUCUUUCCAAAACUAAGGCAUAUGUAAAUCUCACUUGAAUGGUGGUGGACUUCUGCUGAGUAAAUGGAAGUCUUGGUAUGAUUCCUGAGGAGAGGUUUUAAAGGAAGAGUUUACAUCUCUGAGCAUCAGUGUUUUCCUCUUGUGCCUGAAACAAGUAGGACUUUUUUCCACCAAAAGAGAGAGGAGGGAUCCAGUUAGAAUUUCAUUGAAAAUUAAAGAUAUGAGAUCUUAUUCGUACCACUUUCUGUCGCACUGAACUUACAGUGCUUGAAAGAAGUUUGCAUCUUCAGGGGGAAUUAAAAGAGAAAGCUUUUAUUAAGGUAAAAAACUGAGACAUGAAAAGCCUUUUAAAAUGAUCUAUUAUUGAUCUCCUCUCAACGCAGAGUAUUUCUUAACCUAGCUUCCUGAGUUAGCAAGCUUCAGUUAAUUGUGCUGUGUAACUCUGUCUACCGUAUUCUCUCUCUCCAGAAAAAGAAACAAUUUUGUUUCAGGUAGUUCAUGAGAGUAACUUUUUAGUCAAAUUCUACUGCACAGAACUAAUUGCUCAAUGGCCAAAUUUUAGAUAACUCUGGAAAUGCACAUUUUUCAUGAGUCAUAGCUUUUGUACUAAGAAGUAUAGGUUAAAGUCAAAUUUCUGGUUUUCAGAUACCUAUCCCUCUCCUUGGGUGACUGUAAAGAAUUUCUUCCCCAUUGUUUCUUUUUACAUAUCAGGAUAUUGACCUAGUUCCCAGUUGACUUAGUCUGAGAGUUCCUUGCUCAUGUAUUAUGAGCAAGGGAUUUUCAUUAUUAUGGAAGUUACUCACAUUUAAUGUUACUCAGAUUUCU